AUGUACAAGAGCGCACGUACAGUUCAGAAAGUACAAAUUUGCAGUACAGUCACAUUCGCGUUCGCAUUCACAUUCACAUUCGCAUCUGCACACUGCACACUGCAUACUGCUGUAAAGAUAGUAUUGGCCUGUUUAAGCAAAUUUGUAUGGCCCAAACUUUGUGAGGACACGUGGAAAUAUGGUUUUAUUGAAAGCCACGUUUGGUUGAAAUGUACUACAAAAAAAAGAAUAUUUUCUCAAGUAUUCUCUUAUUCUAUUGAUAGUGCCAACUCUACUAAGAUAUCAACUAUUAGUCAGCACAUCUUUCAAUGA